CGUUCCGCAGGACGAGAACGACACCGAGACGAUCGACCCUCUCCGUUACGGCGACCGCAGCCGUCCUUCGAUAUCCGUGCGGUGCAUGUGGGACAACAGCGUGUUCCAUCGCAGUCCUUCGGGCGGCUACGACUGGAAUCUGGCGCCGCUCUACAUACUGUGGUGCAGCGGCGCGCAGCCGGCGUCGCCUCUGCUCAGCGCCCUAUUGACGGAUAACAAUUCGUUAUCGAAAGUAGUAUUACAACAAAUAAUGACAUCGAUCCGAUGCAACGACCUGACCGAACCCUUGAAAAGACUGGCCGAGGAGAGGCACAAGCUGCAAUCGAAGGGCGUCGAGAGGACCCACUCGAUCUACAGAGACAUUUUAUUCUUGGCUUUAAUCGUAGCAGGACAAUCCAGUAUAGACUUUGGAGCAUUUCACAGGGAAUAUGCGAACGCAUACGACAGACUGGUCGAUAAAGAGUGCAAGGGCCUGUUUAAAAACUACGACGCGCCCAUCAGCCAGACGGUGAUAUGCUGCAGGCACUAUUUUAAGCAAUUACUAUUGGACGAGGAGAUAUAGAGGAGAGGAGAUUUUUAAUUGUACAACAGAUUGUGUAUAUAUAUUGCAAAUGAAAUUGAAUAUACGAUGGUUAC